AUGCACGUGAAGGAGCCGUGGACGCUUCAGGAGGAUGACAGCCUGCAGGUGCACAGCCCUAAGCACGGCCGGAGGGAGUAUUUGCAGAACCAUGCAGCUGGGAGGUUCCAGUGCUCCCAGUGCUUACACGAGUGGUCCUCAGCCAAGGUGCACAUCCUCUUCCACAUGCGCCGGGGCAAGGUGAGGAUGCGAAUCUUCCGGCAGGCCUGCCGGCGCUGCCUCAGCCCCCAGCUGGAGGAGCCCAGUUUCAGCCAGGAGAACCUGGAGAGGAUCCUGCACAACCUGGUGCUUCAGAUCCUCAAGGACUUCUACAAGGUGCCCGUGCAGCUCUCUGACCUCCUGGAAGUGGUGGUGGACUCGGUGCUGGUGGGGCCGCACGACAGCAGCCGCUGCGAGGGCUGCCGGCUUGGGGUUUGCUCCAAGCCACGAGUGGCCCCGAAGCCACCAGCCUGGAAGCCCAGGAGGCACGUGGACACGGCCACGAGCCCUCCACGCCAGCUCCUCAGCAGCGGCUUUCCCUGGAAAUGUUGCUUUGUGCUCCUCUUUGUAUGUGUUGUGGCAGUGGUCCUCUUCAUCCUCUUGUAUUUCACCUUGAAGUAG